UCCUAUUUUGUUUUUUUAACAGAAAUCAUAGCCCCUUAAUGAGCUUUGGAGCCAGCUUUGUCAGUUUUCUGAACGCCAUGAUGACAUUCGAGGAGGAAAAAAUGCAGUUGGCGUGUGAUGACUUAAGAACGACAGAGAAGCUGUGCGAGAGCGAGGAGGCGGGCGUGAUCGAAACCAUCAAGAACAGAAUUAAGAAGAACGCGGACGCCCGGAAGUCAGCGCCCUCGAUGGUCGACCGGCUGCAGCGGCAGAUCAUCAUCGCGGACUGCCAGGUGUACCUGGCCGUGCUCUCCUUCGUCAAGCAAGAACUCUCAGCGUACAUAAAAGGCGGCUGGAUCCUCCGGAAAGCCUGGAAGAUCUACAACAAGUGCUACCUGGACAUCAACGCGCUGCAGGAGCAGCACCAGAGGAGGCCGCCCGGGGAGCCCUCGCCCGCNNGACGCCGCCACGACAACCACGCGGCGGCCGACGGGGUGUCCGAGGAGACCCUGAGCCGGCUGAGAGGUGCCGUGAGCUUUGGAUACGGCCUGUUCCACCUUUGCAUCUCCAUGGUGCCCCCCAACCUGCUCAAAAUCAUCAACCUGCUGGGGUUCCCCGGAGACCGCCGCCAGGGGCUGUCUUCACUGAUGUAUGCGAGCGAAAGUAAGGACAUGAAGGCCCCUUUAGCUACGUGGGAGCUCCUGUGGUUCCACACCGUCGUCCGCCCCUUCUUCGCCCUGGACGGCAGCGACAGCCGGGCGGGCCUGGAGGAGGCCAAGGAGAUCCUGUGCAGGAAGGAGGCUGCCUACCCCAACUCCUCCCUCUUCAUGUUCUUCAAGGGGCGCAUCCAGCGACUCGAGUGUCAGAUCAACAGUGCCUUGGCCUCCUUCCACACGGCCCUGGAGCUCGCCGUGGACCAGAGGGAGAUCCAGCACGUCUGCCUGUACGAGAUCGGCUGGUGCAGCAUGAUCGAGCUGAACUUCCAGGAUGCGUUUGGCUCCUUCGAGAGGCUAAAGAAUGAGUCCCGGUGGUCGCAGUGCUACUACGCCUACCUGACCGCCGUUUGCCAGGGGGCCGCCGGCGACGUGGACGGCGCGCAGGCCAUCUUCAAGGAGGUGCAGAAGCUCUUCAAGAGGAAGAACAACCAGAUCGAGCAGUUCUCCGUGAAGAAGGCGGAGCGGUUCCGGAAGCAGGCGCCCACCCGCGCGCUGUGCGUGCUGGCCUCCGUGGAAGUGCUGUACCUCUGGAAGGCCCUCCCCAACUGCUCCUUCCCCAGCCUGCAGAGGAUGAGCCAAGCCUGCCAUGAGGUGGACGACGCCGCGGCCGUGGGGCUGAAGCACCUGCUGCUGGGGGCCAUCCACAAGUGCCUGGGGAACACGGAGGACGCCGCCCAGUUCUUCCAGCGCGCUGCGAAGGAUGAGUUGUGUCGUCAGAAUAACCUGUACAUCCAGCCGUACGCCUGCUAUGAGCUGGGUUGUCUCCUGUUAGACAAGCCAGAGACGGUAGCAAGAGGCAGAGCCCUCCUUCUCCAGGCAAAGGAGGAUUUCUCUGGCUACGACUUUGAGAACCGACUGCACGUGCGCAUCCACGCGGCACUGGCCUCCCUGCGGGAGCUGGUUCCACAGUGACAGACGGGGCUCCCGCUGUCCCCCCUCCAGGUUCUGCCCCUGCGGCUGGAGGCAGAGGCUGGAAGCAGAGGACACCGCUCCUUGAGGACCUGCCUUCCCCUGCCGCCGCCGCCUGCGCAGGGACAGACGCUUCCCGGUUAGGCCGCCGUAGUGGAGAUCUAGCUCCAAACAGCAGCAGUGAGAUCAUAGUCCUUGUAACCAACACCUGGGGAGGGGUUAAGUGACCUUGUUCAGACACUUUAGUUUUGUGAUUGAUUAUUUUUAAAAUAAAAACCAAGCUCCACACUCAACCUGCGAUCUCGUAAGCACACGUCUGCCGGCCACACCGAGAGGUGCCGGUGCGGCAGUGAUGUUGUGUUUCGGGGAAAAGGAAGUGCUUCCGGUGUUUUUCUUUGCCCUCGCGCCGCCCCGUGGAGAACAUGGCACAGAUAUUCCGAUCCCCGCAGCCCAGACCACGAAACUCAGGCACAAAAAGCAAAUUGAUUUACCCCAAUUAGUUCUUCCUGUGGACCGGUCUCCGGACCAGGAAGCGAAUAUUCCUUUAUUGUAAAAAGUAUAUGUUAAGAACCCAGGGUUCGUUGUUUUCCUUAUUAAAAAAAAAAAACAAUUGCUCUUCA